CACUCUGAUAUUGUCAUAACCAUGAAAGAAAUUUAAGUUCAUAUUGAGGCAAACAAGGAAAGAAAAAUGUUCAUAAUCCUUCAAUUAUACUCCACUCAUAGAAUCAUUCUAGCUUUGAAACUCUCUUAUGUGCUAUUUCUCUUUUCUUCAAUUCCUAGUGCCAAAGGCUACACUGCUAGAGCUCACACCUUCAUUUAUGCUGGCUGCUCUCAAGAAAAAUACCAACCAAACACACCCUUUGGAGCCAACCUCAACUCCUUUCUGUCUUCAGUUUCUGGCUCAUCUUCUGACACUUCUUACAAUAGCUUUGCCAUUGGAAAUGGAAGCACAUCACCGCCAGAGGGGUCCAUAUAUGGCUUAUACCAAUGCAGGGCUGAUUUGAGGCCAACUGAAUGCUCAAAAUGUAUUCAAAGUUGUCUCAACCAAAUAGGCUUGGUUUGUCCCUUGGCACUUGGUGCAUCUUUGCAACUUGAAGGCUGUUAUGUAAGAUAUGAGCAUGUUGAUUUCCUUGGCAAACCUGACACAAGCCUUUGGUACAAGAGGUGCAGCAAAGCAGUGGCAAGUGAUGCUGAGUUCUUGAGGCGUAGAGAUGAUGUUCUUGGUGAUUUGCAAGGUGCUAAUGGAUUUGGAGUGAGUACUUCAGGUUUUGUUGAAGGGUUCGCACUGUGUUUGGGAGAUUUAAGUGUUGCUGAUUGCUCCUCUUGCCUUCAAGAAGCAGUUGCAAAGGUUAGGAGUGUGUGUGGAUCAGCAGCAUCAGCUGAUGUGUUCUUGGCACAAUGUUAUGCUAGGUAUUGGGAAGCUGGCUACUAUGAUGAAGCAGAAUCUUCCAACGAGGAAGACCAAGUGGGAAAAUCAGUGGCCAUUAUUGUGGGAGUACUUGCAGGUCUAGCCAUUCUAGUUGUCCUUCUCUCAAUAUGCCGAAGAGCAAUGGGUUAAAAUAAAGUAGGUAGUGUUACACUCAAAGGAAGGGGGUAAUGAUUCAAAAUGUCAGCAAAUGUUUGUUUAAUGUUUAGAUUUUAUGAAAGUGUUGCUUCCACUUUUGUGCUAUUAUUAUUAAUACAUUGUUUUUCAGAAGGUGGAUGUUAUCUUAUAGUUUAUAAA